AUGGAUUCUCCCAGGCCUGUUUCCAUCUCUUGGAGACACCCUCCAUUGUGCGUGCAUGAUACGUUUUCCUUACACACUUUGGAUGUCUUGACUCACAUUCUCAAAGGCUUCGAUUACGGCGAAUUAUCAUCAGCUUUGAUUCGAAGGUCGGAAGCAGAUGUUCGUCGGCUAUUAAGCCAGUCAAGAGAUCAUGUCCUUGAACGGGGCCAUCAUAGACAUACUCCACUGCAUCUAUCCGUUUGUUGGCCUUUGGGCUUGAGAAUUCUGUUCGAAUUGGCCAAUGAUACAUGUGUGUCGAUCAUUGACGCGACAGACUCAGCGGGUCACACACCGCUGCAACAUGCCAUCUACUGGGCCAAUGCCGAAUCAGUUGCGCUUUUGCUCGAGCAGAAUGCGACGGUGAGUUUGGAGGACACGUCUGUCUAUGUUCCCUUUCUCGACGUCGAGCGCACCAGAUCAAAGCGAAGGGAGACUUACGACCUUCUGACGAGGGUGCUUGUGGACCGCAGAACAGAAAUGCUUCGGUACGCUCUCGAACACCUUCCCGAAUCAGAACUGGUUCGUCUCAACCUGCGCAACAUGACGUUCCUUAGAGACACCGCAUUUGAAGUUGUGGGGUCUUUCAAGCGCAACCUAGUCCGCCCGCCAGCAAUUUUCAAGAACAUAAGGCCUGGUUCCUUGUAUCAUGCGCGCUAUAUGGACGACAUCCUGGCAGAAGCUUUGUUCAACGCCGGUUUCGACAACAUCGAUUCCUUCUGGAAUGGGUAUACACCGCUCAUGAUUGUCGACAAUUUCAGUUUUCGCCGUUACAGUAUCUCGAAUUUCGCGUAG